AUGCCUAUAGCAGAUGUGCGUACUGGUAAUGGUGAUCCCAUACCGUCCACCGCUCGGCCGAAUAGCGUUUGCAAGCAGCGCUAUGAAUAUAUACCAGUAAGCGGAAGCUGCGACUCAUAUAUUGAAUGCAGGGAUUAUCAGCGGACCGAUAUGUCCUGUCCUGAUGGUCUAAAUUUCAACGAAAAGGCGAUGUUUCCAGACUAUCCUUGCAGCUAUCCAACAGAUGUUCCUUGUAAAGCUGGCGCCGUGUCUCGCUCUAUCAUUUCAACGAAAGGCUGCCCACGUCAAUACGGCUUCUUCCCGUCACCCGUGGCACCAAAGGGUGACUGUGGACAAUACCGUAUGUGCAUAGCUGGUAAUUAUUACGACAUGCUGUGUCCACCAGGCUUAGCUUUCAACCCAGCGACCAGCACCUGUGACUGGCCAGAUCAAGUGCCCAGUUGCAAUGCAGCCGUAUUUUUGAGCUUUGCGUGUCCAGAAAGUACUGUUGAUGCGAGUGGUAAUCCAGUGAUAACAAAUCAUAAAUAUGAAAAUGACUGCUAUGGAUUUUUCACUUGCCAGCAAGGCAGGGCAAGGCUUCUUGCCUGCGACCCAGGCUUAGCGUUCGAUGAGCGUGUGGGUCGCUGUGUUGACGAGAAAAAUGUACCAUGCGCGUCUAUAAAAAAAUAA